ACAAACACAAGGUAUAUGACAAAUUUCGAAGUUGUAUAUAAAGGACCAACCUUAACUCACAUUUCUCAAAUACCAAACAGCAUUAUCACAAUUAGUACUAAUUAACAAUGAAAAUGAGAACCCAAAAAACCCUUACAUACCUCUUGUUACUAUCUUUUCUAUUUGCACAAAUCUCUGAAUCCGCCUUUCUUUCUAAGCUUCUUUCUCCUGAUGCCUUAAAUGGUUUUCUCAAGAACAAUAAAUUUCCAUUAGCUGAAAUAAGAAAGAAAUACGAUUCCUUUCUUAAAAUACCAAGAAAAUCAGAUGGGCGCAGCAUUGAUUUUACUAAGCUGAAUAAAAAUGGCGAGAAAAUUAGAGCGCGUUUGGAGAAAACCCAAGAGCGUUUGGAGCAAGCCCAAGACGUCUACGAUGCCAUACAAAAUUUACAAAACUACGGCUUCUUAAACACUUCCUUAUUGCAAUCAAAUCCCCCAGAUAAAUUGGAAAUUACUGAUCUACAAUCUGCAAUGAGCAGAAUUCAGGAAAAUUUCAAUCUCACUAAAGGAAAGUUCGAUCAAGAUACAAUUAAUAUCAUUUCAAAGCCACGUUGUGAUUUUCCUGACAAAAUCAAUGGAACCAACACAUUAACAAAAUUAAUCAACAAACAAAUAUCGCUUAGACCGUGGUGGAGGAAUGAGAAGAAAAACAUCUUAACAUAUGCUUUUGGCAAUAAUGUUCCACCAAAAGUCCAGAAUUUGUUUCGAUUAACGUUUAUGAAAAGUUGGUCGAACAAGUUGAUGAUCAACUUCAUAGAGACGAAAUCGUUUAAGGAUUCGGAUAUUCUUAUAGCGUAUGUUAAGGUUGAUGCAAAAGGUGGAGUGGUGGGGAGUUGGAAAUGUAUAUUUGGAUAGAGAGGAGCAGUGGUCGUUGUCGAGCGAGAGAAUGAUGCGAAAGUCAUGAAUAACAUUAUGGAAUAAAAGUUACUUCAUAAAUCUAUCGUGCAUAAGUGAAACAAGUCUUUUACAAUGCACAAAUUUAUUUUAAUAAUCAAUAAUUGUUGUGUGUAAUAAUAAGUAAGAAUGUAAAAUGAUUUUAUUUUUCA